UCGCCAUUGUUCUCGUUCUCGGCUGUCGAAUUUGUUGGAAAUUAUCGAAUUUCCUUUAAAUUCGUUGCAAUAAAUACAAAUAGAAGUUAGAAAAAAAUAAACAAUUUGGGAGUACACAGUGCACAGUGCGCGUUAUAUCACAACAAGAGGCCUCCAAACGAAAUAAGAUACAACCGUCAGACUCGCCAGUUUUAACCGAGCAACUCAAACGAAAUUGAAUAUUUCGUUCGUGGCAAAAAAUAAUAAACCUUUAAAAAGAAAACCACCCGAAACUAAAAACUAUGUCAUCAAUGAAUCCAGAAUACGAUUAUCUUUUCAAACUGCUGUUGAUCGGCGAUUCUGGCGUUGGAAAGUCCUGUCUGCUGCUUCGAUUCGCUGAUGACACAUAUACAGAGAGCUAUAUCAGUACGAUUGGAGUGGAUUUUAAAAUUAGAACCAUAGAAUUGGAUGGCAAAACGAUUAAAUUGCAAAUUUGGGACACUGCUGGACAGGAGCGCUUCCGUACUAUCACAUCGUCCUACUAUCGUGGUGCACACGGCAUUAUUGUUGUUUACGAUUGCACGGACCAGGAAUCCUUCAAUAAUGUAAAGCAAUGGCUGGAAGAAAUCGAGCGAUAUGCAUGCGAAAACGUUAACAAGUUGCUGGUGGGCAACAAAAGUGAUUUAACCACUAAGAAAGUUGUUGAUCAUACAACAGCUGCGGAGUACGCACAUCAGCUAGGCAUUCCAUUCCUUGAAACUUCGGCCAAGAGCGCCACCAAUGUGGAACAGGCAUUCAUGACGAUGGCUGCCGAGAUUAAGAAUCGUGUCGGUCCGCCGUCCAGUGCCACCGACAAUGCAAGCAAAGUGAAAAUCGAUCAAGGGCGUCCAGUGGAGAACACCAGAUCUGGCUGCUGCUGAAUAACUCUGAUUGUGAAUCAUUAUUUUAUUAUACAAUUAAACAAA